GACAAAGCGGACUUGUGAGUGUUCAGAUUUCCUGCUGGAGGAGGGGGUUUCCCCGGUGUCUCCAUCCAUUUGCGCUUUUGCCUCCGUGGCCUGUGUAGCCACAAAUCCUCCCCUGACUUUCGGAAGUUGUGCGCUCCUCCCUGGUCUGACUUUGGCUCACAGAAGACACUCAACCAUGAAAAAAACUUCUGGUUUCAAAUGGGGAAGCCUCGCUUACACAGGCUGUGCUUCUCUAUCCUAAGACUGAGCAGCAGCUUUUGGAGGUGCCCUCUUUCCAAAAGGACACUGAUUAUCGCCACUGUAUGUUUGUUCUACUUGUUUUUUGUGGUUCUGUACGUGGGACACUCCAAGCAGCAACGGGACAGAAGGACUGACCUGCACAAGUACGGACACACCCGUGGACUGGACACCAACGUGGCCCUUCUGAACUCUGCGGACACAUUGACCGACACCAACACUGUGGUUCCGACCCGGUCCAACGUGGUGUACAUAACACUCAGAUCCAAACGCAUGAAACCGUCAAACAUUCGGGGAACAGUCAGACCGAAACUUAGGAAGAAAGUGAGGAAUAAUGGAAUACCGACGCCAGCUUUUACGCACGAGAAAUUUCGCACUUUGGAGCGAGACGCAGGACAAAUCCAAGGUAACUCUGCACCAAGGAGAGCCGAAGAGGAAAGCAGGGAUAUAGACUAUAAACCUGUAGACAACAAUGGAGCGGGAUGGUCCAAGGUCAGCUCCAUCCGAAUAUACAGCCAACGUGCGCCGCACUGGUUCAGUGCACAGGACGUGAAAGCCAUGCGUUAUCUUGCCGACGGCAAAAUUCUGCGCCUCAGAGAAGUUUACCGGGAGAACUCUCCAUCACUGUUGAUGUUUGAGGGCGAGGCCAGUGACUCUCUGAGCAGUAACAACCACAGUGUGUGUACAGGCCAGUGUGGAGUCAUCCACAGCCCAGUGGACACCACUCAGGUCUUUGCCUUCCAUCUGGACAGGGUGUUGGGACUGAACAGAACUUUACCAGCUGUGAGCAGGAAAUUCAGAUUCAUACAUGACGGCCAGCCGUGUCCAGUGGUGUUAUGGGAUGCAAUUCUUUACCCAGAGGGCCUUGCUGCAGAUGGGGCCAAAGUGAGGUUAACGUGGGGCGGCUACCAGAGAGCACUGAAACAAAAGUGCUGGGAUAAAAACAUCAGCCCCAAGUUGGACUCUGGCUGUUCCACCAUCCAUCACUGGGAGUGGAGCAGAGUGGCGCUCUUUGACUUCUUGUUACAGAUUCACAACCGCUUGGAUCCCAGCUGCUGUGGGUUCAGGCCGCGGCACGAGGACCAGUGCGUGGUACUGGGCCGCCACGCUGACUGUGGAGACCAGGACUCCAUACAACUAACAAACAUCAUCCACAAGACCAACAACCCCCGGCGGCUGGUCUUCACCCACAAUAAGGGUUUCUUUGAUCGCAACGAGGACAACUUGGACUUCAGGCUGCUGGAGGGAAUCACAGAGCUUCCAGAGCAGGCAGUGUCAGUGUUGAGGAGCGGAAAGUUGAGGGAGAAACUCCUCCAGUCUCUCUUCUUGGACCAAACAUACUGGGAAAGUCAGGGCGGCCGACACGGCAUCGACAAGCUGAUCGAUGUCAUUGAGGGGAGGGUGAGGGUUCUUCUUACCUACAUCAAUGCCCACGGCAUCAAAGUCAUCACCAUGACUCUUUGAUGUGGUUUGUGCCUCAUAUGUAACGGUUCCAUGCCUGCUACGUUCUGUCAUCAAGCACACUGGAGGCCCUUUAUGUUAAUUUAUAAUUCUUUAACAUGAGCUGGACUACGACUGUGAGAGCACGGGCUGACAGGUUGACGUGGACAUAAUAAUGAGGGCUUUAAAGAAAAAGAAAAGUGUGAAAUGAAAAGAUUAAUAAAUGAGAAUCAGCUUUAGUGGGCAAGCAAUAACUCACAUCCCACUAAUCUUUU